AGCAUUAAUAGAUCAUCCUACUGACGUGUAUAUGAGUCAGGAAACGAGAUCUAUAUCCAAAGAACUAUGAAGCUAUGGCAGCCACUACAACACACUGAUUCUCUACCUAAGACUAAUCAUUGUGAUUAAAAGAGAUAUUUAUAAUAUUAUCUGUUACACCACUUUUGCAUGGAUAAUAUGGAGGUAAGCAGGACACUGAUUUGUAUUGUUUUACAAUUUAAUCACCUUCAUAUAUUUAUUCAUGUGAUUGUUUUAAGCUUGAAAGCAAAUGUUCUUGCUAAGUUGUGUAUUUAAUAACUUUAUAACGUUUAUAUAGGCAACACUGAAAUCAGUAUACAUGAUACAUGAACUCACCAUAGAUCACACUUACUGACUAUUUAUUGAGCAGUCUGGCACGUUCAGUGUGAAAUGCAACAUGAGCCUGCUUCCCUUUUUGCAAAAAGCUUUAAGUCACUGCUUGAGUUGUCACAUUUGUACAAAAGCUUACUCUAUUGUGUGUGCAAGUGUGUGUGUUUGCCCCUAUAUUUAAUGUGAUAUGUCAGCAGUGCUUUCUGUAUCUUUGACAGUUUGAGGUAGUCAACGCUGGCAGCUGCCUGCUGACAUUCCUGGAUUGGAAUAACAGUGAGUGGCAUUUCAGUUUAUAAACUGCCCCUCCCCUCCACUGCCCUCUGCAGCCACACUGCAGCCACACAUCCGGCCUCUCAUCUUUAAAAUGCAUCAUUAUCUCAGCUUCAGUUUCAGCUUCUCCUGCUCCUUCAGUCAGAGAGCAGGACUAUGGAUGAAACUGACCGCACCAGGGAGCCGCUGAUCAGUAGGCAGGAUCACACCAGGGAGACAGACCACACCAGUGAGGCACACCACACCAACAGGGACCCCAACCAAAUUAACGAGGAUUUGAUCAAGAUCGACUUUGAAGAUGUGAUCGCAGAGCCUGCUGGCGUACACAGUCUGGAUUGUGUAUGGAAAUGCAGCCACGACACCUUCACAGCGUCAAAGUGCUGGUUUUAUCGCAUCCUGACAGCCCUCCUUGGAAUCCCUUUGUCACUGCUCUGGGGUCUGCUGUUUGCUUGUAUGUCAUUCUGCCGCAUAUGGGUGAUUGUGCCCUGCAUGAAGGCAUGUGCGAUUCAGUUCCACUGUCUGUGGAAACCCUACUUGCUGAUCUUACGCUUCUUGGUUCAACCAGUCUUCGAUGCAAUGGGAAAGAUAUUAAGAGGUGCUAAAGGGGUUUUACGCAAGGAGGUGUAAGUUCUGUACUGCUGAAUUAUUCAGGUAUAUGGACCAAAUCUAGCACAUCUCACUGACUCCUAGAAGGUCCACAAAAUAUCGGGCUGCCAACAAACAAAAGAUGUGGGAUCAACAGCCACCAUUUUUGUUUGUUGGUCUACAUUUUGAGCUGAUCAGUGUCUACAUGUUGUCUUCUUUUUUGAUACAGAAAAAUAUAAAAAAUUGUCUAAUCAUGAAUUUCACUCUUUAAUUCUAUGUGGAUGUCUGCCAAACUUUAAAUAAAAUAUUUUUUAUGAAAGGG